AUGAAGCCCAACAAACGCUUCACCGCAGACGAGGACUGCUUGUACGUCAACAUCUUCGCGCCGUCCAAUGCGACGCCCGAGUCGAAGUUGCCGGUGAUGUACUUCAUCCAGGGCGGAGGCUUCCAGUCUCUUUCCAACGCCAACUUUAACGGCAGUGACCUGGCCAAGUUCGGAAACAUUAUGGUCGUCCAGGUCAACUACCGCGUUGGACCAUAUGGUUUCUUGCAGAGUAAGGAGGUGGAGGCUGGUGCAAGCAUGAACAAUGGCUUGAAGGAUCAGAUCCAGGGGUUGAAAUGGCUGAAGCAGAACGUUGCUGCAUUUGGAGGAAAUCCUGAUCAGAUGGUAGCCGUCGGUGACUCAGCUGGCGCAACAUCUGUAGCAAUGCUUCUCGCCGCAUUCGGAGACAAUGACCCGGGCUUGAUCAAGGGCGCCAUCAUGGAAUCUGUCUCUGUCGCUACUGUUCGCACCCUCGAGCAGGGCCAGGAGCAGUACAACUGUCUCACGAACGCCACUGGUUGCAACAAACAAGCCGACACUCUGGCCUGCCUCCGUAGUCUCAACAGCACUUCUCUUCAAACAGAAGAAUGUCAGUUCAACCCGAACCUCGACGGCGACCUUGUCAAAGCCCCAACUCUGCAGCGGUUCGCAGAAGGCAAAUAUCUCAAAGUCCCAACCAUCGCAGGCACAUGCACCGAUGAGGGCACUAAGAACGUGCCCCAGGACACGGAUACCGUUGAGGCAGCCCUCAAGAGCAUGAACGACCAGGCCACUCAGUCUCUCAGCAAUGCCUCCCUCGCUGUACUCAAAGAGACGUAUCUCGACACGCCGGAACCUGUUUUUCCGGAUUCAGGCAAGCUAUGGCGCCAGCUCGCGAAUGCCCAGGGAGAUUUCAGGGCCCAUUGUAUUACAAAGACCUUCCAGGACGCCAUGGCUCGUGAUGGUGUGAAGACGUUCAACUACCGAUAUGGACCAUUGGAUGAAGAGCAGGAAGCUUUGGGGUUCGGCGCCUACCAUACCGUCGAACUCAACGGUGUCUUCGGACCCAACAACACCGACGGCGCACCUCCCGCGAGCUACUCAACCACCAACGCGCCCACCGUACCCUUAACUCAAGCCUACUGGGCCAGCUUUGUACGCACACUCGACCCGAACACUGCCAAAAUCCAGGCCAGCAUGCCCCAAUGGGAGGCCUGGACCGUCGAGGGGAAACAGAGGCUCCUCUUCCAGAACAACACUGGCACUAUGGAGGGCAUGCCCGCGACUCAGCAAGACAACUGUGCAAUGCUGGCUCCGAUGAUUCCCUUCAUCGAGACGCCCGCCUCAGACGCUCAGAAGGCCUCUGUGCAACUGACAAAGGUCUCCGGGUCAGUGGAUACAGAGUCAGGGCCCUCGAAGGGCGGCAAGGGCAACGGUACGAAGCACGGUGGGGGUAAAGGCGAAGGCGGAAAGGGAGGGCGAAAGGGGAAUGGCACCAACUCUAGUGCUCCAGCUGCACCGCCUUUCAGCUCUGCGACAAGGAUCGAUUACGGUCUCUCGGAGGUUUUGUCCGCCAUGAUCGUUGUGUGCAUCGGUCAAUUUUUGCUGGUUUGA